CAGCUGCACUUUUGUCUCACUCUAUCAACAUUACUGUCAGCUUUUUAAGCAACCUUACCUCAAGUUGAGUCACGAGUUGAGUCACGAGUGAGUGAGUGAGUGAGUGAAAAACACAAGAUUAGAACACAAGAAAAGAAGCAAACUUUACUGGUACCCAGUAGAAUGGAGAAGGCGUUAACAAAAGUUAGCAGCUUGAAAGUUGGACUUGGCAAUUCUUGGAUCUCUAAGAAAGCCAAGGAAGAGUUGUCUAAUAUAACUGAUGACUUCUCUAUUUUCUCAAAUACUGUUGAAGAAAAGGCAAAGUGGGUUUUUAACAAGCUCAAAGGAAAGCCAGUGAAAAGCUUGCCUGAGCUCCUGCGAGAGUAUAAUUUACCAUCUGGACUUUUUCCCCAGAACAUAACCUGUUAUGAAUUUGAUGAAGCGAAGGCCAAGCUAGUUGUGUACUUACCUUCUGUAUGUGAAGUUAGCUUCAAAGACUCGUCUGUAUUAAGGUAUGCAACUCGAGUAAAAGCAAUCCUUAUGAGGGGAAAGCUUACGGGUAUUGAGGGAAUGAAGACAAAGGUCCUGGUAUGGGUUAAGGUCACAAGUGUAUCAAUGGAAGGUUACAAAUCCGACAAGGUGUGUUUUACAGCCGGCGUCAAGAAGGCUAGACCUAGAAUUGCAUAUGAUGUGCCACAAGCUGCUGUUAGAGCAGAUGAAUUUUGAAUUUAGUGAUUUUUUUGCCAGAAAGUAUUAAUUCAAGUUAUCACAUUGACAAACAUCAAAUGUCAUUCUAUGAAUAUAAUAUCAAAAUCUCAUCAUCUGUACUUCUAUAA